AUGAGACAAUCGUCGUCGAGAAAAGGCGAUAAGCGCUAUACGAGAGCCAGUCGGAGUAUCUUCGUUGCGCUGGCCCUCGCCUCCCAUUUACCAACCACCAGUGCCAUCGUAUUCCCUAGCUACCACCCGAACUACAAAGCCGAUUACCUCCAGCUAAACAAGCGAUAUAACCCCGCCAGACGAGGACCGCCUGAGGACUGGAACGGGAGAAUACCCUUGAAGAUCACCAACUCAUGUCCCGAGACAAUCUGGCCCGGCAUCACGACGCAGCAUGGCGUCGGUCCCGGGACCGGGGGCUUCGAGCUCGCCUCGGGUGAUAGCCGAGAUAUGUGGGUUGGUCCGACAUGGCAAGGACGCGCUUGGGGAAGAACCAACUGCACGGUCAAUGGGGAGUCGGCUGGCUGCUCAACAGGUGACUGCUUUGGAAAGCUUGAUUGUGAAUUCAGUGGCGCCGUUCCCGCCACACUUGCUGAGUUCAACCUAGCUGGAGGGGUCUCCGGGAGGCAGACGUUCUACGACAUCUCCCUAGUCGAUGGCUACAAUAUCCCCGUUGGCAUCAACUACAUUCCCGCUGAGAACACGUCGUACAUUCCGCCCAACUUGACAAACUGCGCCUGCAUCGCAACGACAGGUUUUAUGGCCCAGCGUGCGGCCAGCGGUGCCGUUUACACCAACAGCACCUACCCCGUCCCUUGGGAACCAAACGAGUCCAACGACAGUGUCCGAGACUGGUGCCCUUGGCCCUUGCUGACCAACCCACCUAACAAGCCUGGCGACGGAAUCUACCCUUACCCUGACGACAACAUCAGGCGUCCCACCUUCAGCCCGUGCAAGAGCCAAUGUGCGGCCACGAACUCGGACCACGACUGCUGUAUAGGCAAAUGGCACGACCCCGAUAAAUGCAAGCCGGGCUUGUACUCCAGGCACGCCAAGGCUAUGUGUCCUGACGCGUACAGCUUUGCCUUUGACGACCAGACCUCGACCUUCAUCAUCCCCUCGGGUGGCGGCUGGGAGGUUGUCUUUUGUCCCGCUGGCAGGAGCACUAACAUUCUCCGUACCAUGGGACCCCAGCUGUUCGAGAUCGCGAGCGCCGGUUCCCUGAGCCAGAAGAACCUGGAGCUGGUUAAGAACCGCACCUAUAUAGAAUCUGAGAGCGAGAAGAACGCUGCCCCAGGCCAGGCCGUCCCGGCUUACUGGGCGAUCUGCGCGGUUACCACCGCUGUACUGUUGAUGUGGUGGUAA